AUGCCUGCCCAACCAAUUAUCAAGAUGACUGCCGCUGAAAAGGAAGCUCAAAUCAUGAAGGAAAUUAGAGCCAACAACCUCAAGUACGAGCCUAAGUUCGAGGGUUCUUUCUUUGGUGAGCUCUUUGGCUUCGCUGUUCUCAAGAACUCCAACUAA